CCAGAUGAAUCAAGGCACCAAGGCUAUGGCUGAGCUCUGCCUUCUCGUGGCACUUUGGAUUCUUCCCCUACUCACUACCAACCAUGCUGUGUGCCCAAGUCACCAGAGCUCAUACUUUACAGGAGCAGACAAAGAGAUCUGCUGUGACUACUGUGCUGCAGGUGAGGAAAUGAAAGCACGUUGUACCAGCAAUAAUCCUAAACCAACAUGUGAACCAUGCCCGGAAGGAUUCUUUAACCAACCAAAAACAAUUUACAAAUGCAGGGUCUGCAAUCCUUGUGAUAAAAGUAGCAUUGAGUUAAAACCUUGUGACAAAUCCUCUGAUGCUGUGUGCAAAUGCCCAGCCGGAAGUGAACCGAAAAAUGACAAGGAGACAGCAUGUCUGUGCAAUAAAGGGAAUCACAUAGUAGCAAAUCAAUGUGUGCCCUGCCCACAAGGACACUUCUCACGUGAAGACAACAGCAUCUGCCGCCCAUGGACUAACUGCAGUGCAACGGGUGAAGAACAGCAGGAACCUGGCUCCUCCACUGAAGAUGUAAAGUGCUCAAGGCCCAAAAUCUUGCCCAGCCAAGUGUUCCGCAGCAGCACGUCAACAAAAGCUCCUGUCUCUGGGAAAGCAACAACCAGUCACCCAAGGGCCACUGAAGGAAAUAUAGUUUUUAAUAAUGCAACAACUGUCAACAACAGCUCCACAAACUGGAAGUUCCUGUCUUUCAUCCUCAUUGCAGUAAUCCUGCUUAUGGUCUCCGCCACCAUAUUUUUAAUAAUGUUUGUACAUAUGUGUCAAAGAAAGGAAAAGAGAAAUUUCCGCGGGUGCAGAAUUCCAAUACAAGAAGUGACAGAAUUAAGCAAGCAAAUGACAGUGUGAGAGCAGCUUGGGAAACCCGCCCAAGUGUUAAACACACACUAUCAAUAUUUGCUGGCAUCCAGCAAUUACUUAAUAGACCAAAAACCUAGAAACUGCUGUCUCCUUUGCAACAUGCACCUAUAGAGAAAAGAAGAAUCAUCUGAACAGACAAGCGAGUGCGUCUAGGUUUCAUCAUGGGCACAGCUUUUUCUGCUGUCUUUAUUCAUGGGAUUGGAAAGAACUCAUCCUUUUUUAUAAGUGGGUGUUAUUUCCGUUUACAGACAAUCCAGAUAAGUCUAUACAUUAAUUACUGGGCACUCUCAGACCAGAGUAAGGCGCAGUGCUGGCACAUUUCACAUUUUAUUGGAAGAACCAUGGGCAUUUGUUUCACAGAUUACCAUUUUAUUGGCCCCUGCUUCCAACAUGACUACAGGCUGUGACAAUGAUCACAUUUAAAAUGUAUGUCAGUGCUCAGAUAUGUGGCAUGUAAUAAGCACUAAGGAGGAAAGAUAUAUGUAAUAUGUUUAUUAUUCAAAGUGUGCUGUAUUUACAUGAAAUUAGAGUGACUGGAGGUUGCCAGUCUAAGAGAAUUAAUUUUCUAUUGUUUUAUGGAAGUACGAAGGCACAGGUUACUGUGUGCAUAGAACAUUGCCUCUCUCUACAUUUACAUUUAUAUUUUGGAAUGGGAGUGAACAUGCUGCACAGCUCAGCUAAGGCAUGCUACAGAGUAAUCGGAAGAUAGGAUGAUUUAUAUUUAAUGUGGUUUACUGGCAACUAAAAGGAAAGCCUGUGCUCGUGCUAGUAGGUCCAUAUUUCCCACCUACCUCGUUGUAAAUAUGUAUCUGCAGAGCUGAUCUUUGCAUAGAGUAAGUUACACCUUCAUGCAUUGGUGUUUAAUUAAGAAAAAAUAAAGGAUGAUAAACAAUG